GCCUAAAGAUUGAGGAAUUAACACUUAUUGUAGUGUGCUUGAGACCGUACGUAGAAUUAAAGGCGUGUUGAGAAAAGAGGAGCUUGAAGUCUUUAGAGGCACGGUUUUUGGAAAACUGUUGGAUGUUCCUGAAGUUAGAUGGAUUAGUAAUGGGCUCUUAGUUGGUCUGUUAGAAAGGUACAAGUUACCAAAGCAAGGAAUAACUCGAUGUAAAGAAAUGAAGUUCAAAAUAAAGGGGAGAAAAGUCUUGUUCACAAAGCCAGAGUUUGAACUUAUUGCAGGACUGGGAGGCGGAGGGAAUAGGAUAACUUUGAAUGAUGAAAGGUUGGGUGACUUCGGGUUAAGGUAUUUCAAUACGGGAAAAUCUGUUCAGCGAUGUCAUAUUACGGAUGCACUGCUGCAACACAACAGAGAUGACCCCAGAGUAGAAAGUGAUGAUGUUGUAAAGCUAGCAUUGCUGCAUCUGUUGGGCAAUGUUAUGUUUGGGCACCAGUCACGUGUUAGUUUUCCUAUUGGAUACAUUAACCUAGUAGAUGAUUUUGAUGCAUUCGAUAAAUUCCCAUGGGGUGAAGUCAUAUGGGAAGAGUUGUUAACACAUGCUGGGAGAUGUGCACAAUCCCUUAAAGCUCGUGGAAGGGGAAGAGUGACGUUUGGAGGGUCUUUGCCUUACAGGUGGGAGAUUUAUGCAAAGAUUUCAGCACAGUUUCUUCAUGAAGCCAUAUUUGAAAAUCCAGAGUUUGAAGUGUCAAAGAUUGUUCCAAGUGAGAGGGAGUUAAAUGAUCCUUCAUUGGCAUUAUUUGCUAGUGAAUACAUAAGAAGGGGGAUAGAUGACACUGUGCAACAUAUUGAGAGCUCAGAAAAGGUUGCAACUGUAGCAAGAAAUCUGAGUGUUGGUAGUGCUAAGAAAAGGAAACUUUCAACAACUGGAAAUGCCCAAAACAAGCCAAAAGAGAAGAGAAAGAGAAUUAUUCACAGCAUGGAAGGGGAAUUUCUUCCAAAAAGAAAAUCAAAGAGGAAGAAGGAGAGUCAGAGUCAGAUUAUAACAAUUCUCAAUGACAUGAAAAAAAUGCAAGAAAGCCAAGGGAAAGUGCUGAAGAUGAUCCUUGAGCAAUUAGAAAAACAAAAGGGAGAUGAUACAGAGGAGAGGGGUUUUAAAAAGAUAGAUGAUGAAAUUGUCAAUGAGAAUGUUGAGAGUGAAGACAUGGAAAAUAAAAACAUGGGGAAGGAUACUAUUUUGGAAAAAGAUGGCACUGACCAUGGAUAUGUGGGAAAGGAUGGCACUUCCAGACAUGAUGACAAUGAUCUUGGUCAUGUUGACACCACAGUCAUUAAUGAGGGAGAUGAUAAAAUCAAAGAAGGUAUGAGAGAUGAAAGAAGCAUUGGGACUUUGUUUAAGUUGUUUGAAACACAGUUCAGUGAUCAGUUCUUUGAACAAAUGGACAAAGAAGUGAAUGCUAUUUUGAAAGGCACAAUUGAAGGAAAUAUCUUUGAGAAGGAAAGUGGAUCUGAUAUGGAGCCCGCAGCUAAUGCGAAUUUCAAGAAAGUGCAGAUGGAUUCUACAAUUGAUGAACAGGGAAUCACUUUGCCUGAAGAGGGGAUGGCUAUAAAAGGGAAAUGUAUGGAUGUGGAUGUUGCAACUAAAGAGCUUGUUGAGCAUGUGAAAAUGGAUACGAUAAUUGAUGCACAACCAAUAAGUGAAUACAAUGGAAAUGCUAAAAAUGAAGCCCCUUGUGUGCUGACACGUAAGAGUAAGAGGCAAACUAAAGAGCCCCAAAAGCUCUCACUUUCAGGGAGAAAGGUGCAAAAGAAGACACAGAAAAUGAAGGAAGCUGUGAAGAGCAAGUUUAAAGUAACUCUGAGUCAAAUGGAAGUCGUGAUUGGACCAUUCAGCCUGAACCCUAAGGAAAUGCACCCACAAGAAGAUAUUGAUAAACUUAAGACAUUCCUUGAAUGUGGUAUGUUGAAGAGGAAGGCCAGAACAGGAGUCAGAAAGAUUUAUACAAAAGGAGAUGAAAACAUGACAAAGAAGCCUAUCGUACUGGAUAAGUUCAUAAUCAGCAGCAAAACAUGGCUUUAUGAUCUCUUCAUGGAUCAAGAGUGGCUGGAUACACUGCAUAUGGAGGUUGGCAUGUUUUACUUGGAGGUGAAAAGAUUCAACUACAAGCUCACACAAACAUACUCAACUGUGACACCUUUUUUCCUGGAAUGUCUCAAGCGGCAUCAAGACGACAUUGACAAGAAAAUUAAAACCAAAGAAGAUGUUGGAAAGUACCUCAUGAUGGAUAUGGACAUUAGGGACAUUCGUACAGAUCAGAUGGCAGCAUAUAGGAUGAAGAUGGCUACAGAGCUAGUUCGAUUUGCAGAGUCAAAUAUGGCUGCAAAGGAGUGACUAUAAAACAUAUUGAUGUUAUUAUCUAUUUUGUGUAUUGAGUUGGUUGAAAAUUCUAUUGCUAUUUUUGCUUUGUAUGAUAAAACCUUUGGUGUAUGACAACAAUGCAUAUGGUCAGUGAUGGUCAUUGGCAUAUUGCAUUGUGACUUAGUUUCAUUCGGUGCUAGAAUUAUGUGUUUGGGUACAUGUGCCUUUGUUGUGUUUUAAAGUAAUGUGAAAGUGAAACUCUUGAAAUUGUGUUGUGUUAAACGUGUUUUUUAAAUCAAUUCUAGUGAAAUAA